AUGGACACCACAGCCUCAUCUGCUGCCGCCAGCUACAAGCAGCGCAAGGAAGACUUCGUGUCCGGCCUCUCGGGCGGCUCCGUCGCCGAGGUCAACUAUGUCGUCGCUGUCGGACCGAUUGCCUUCCUCCUCUGGUCGAUCCUCCAGUCGCGACAGUCCUUCUUCAAGCCAUACACACCACUGAGCUUCAUCGUCGAUUUCCUUCUCAACGUCGUCGCAAGCCUUCUCGCCAUCACUCUUUAUGCCAACACCACGCCACUGCUCAGCGGCUUGAUCCUCGUCCCCGCCAUCUUCCUCUAUGCUCUACCCCCAAAGCUCCCGGGCUCGCGGAAGAAACCCAAGCUCCCACCGAAUGCGUCUUCGCAGGCUACGACCGGGAAACUCGGCGUUCUCUCCACGAAACCAUUCCUAACGACCUAUCGCGGCCUCAUGAUGGUUAUGACCUGCCUCGCGAUCCUCGCAGUCGACUUCAAGCUGUUCCCUCGGCGAUUCGCCAAGGUCGAGACAUGGGGCACUUCACUCAUGGAUAUUGGCGUUGGCAGUUUCGUCUUCUCAGCGGGAGUGGUCGGAGCUCGUCCCGUCCUCAAGGAGCGAGCUGAAGGACGGGCCACGCCUCUGGCGCAGAGACUGCUCUACUCUAUGCGGCACUCAUUCCCCCUUCUUGUUCUGGGCGUGAUCCGGCUGCUAAGUGUCAAGGGCCUCGAUUAUGCAGAGCAUGUCACCGAAUAUGGCGUGCACUGGAACUUCUUUUUUACCUUGGGCUUCCUCCCACCCUUUGUGGCCCUAUUCCAGUCGGCCCUCAAAGUUGUCCCGUCGUAUGCUGCUUUGGCGCUGAUUGUCGCCGUGGGCUACCAGGUCGUCCUUGAGAGCACACCCCUGCAGCCAUUCAUCCUGGUCGGCCCCCGCACGGAUUUGUUCUCCAAGAACCGUGAGGGCAUUUGCAGCUUUCUGGGCUACCUGGCGAUUUUCCUUGCCGGCCAGGACACGGGCAUGUACGUGCUGCCGCGGAGCAUCACGCGCAGCGGAUCCAGCGCGGGCAGCCAGCGCCACACGCUGCUGCUCACGAUGGGGGUGUGGACUGCCGUCUGGACGGCACUAUACUUUUUUACUACAGACUACAAGUACGGCGCCGGGGUCCAGGUCUCGCGGCGGCUGGCGAAUCUGCCGUAUGUGCUGUGGAUCGCGGCGUUCAACACGGCGAACCUGCUGGCUGUGUGUGUGGUGGACACGAUCUUCUUCCCGGCAUAUUACAAUGCCACGGACGCCAAGUCGGAGAAGGAGGCGUACGAAACAGCGACGAGCCCGGUGCUCCGGGCGUUCAACCGGAACGGACUGGCCAUCUUCUUGGUUGCCAACUUGCUGACGGGCCUGGUCAACAUGACGGUGCCAACACUGGACGUUGGGCCGGUGGUGACGAUGGCGAUCCUGGUGGGAUACUCUGCUACGCUAACACUAGUCGCUGUCGGGCUUGACGUGUGGGAUAUCUCCAUCAAACUGUAG